AUAUACUGUCUCCCCCCCGAUAUUGUGGUAAGUGUUACUUCUACGAACUUCGGGUGUAUUUUCUGUAUUGAUUUGGGUGUAUUUUUCACGUUCGAUUGGGUGUAAGUUUAGUAUUUCAUUUCUUGUUUCCCAUUCUUGCAGUGCAUGGCACUUUCGGAUCACCCAAAUGGGGAAUUCAUAUCACCGAAAACGAAAAAGGAAUUCAGGGUGGAAGCCUACCCGAGUUUCAUUCCCUUCAUAGAUAGAAAAAAAUUGACUUCGCACCCAUAUAUUUUUGCCCCUGUCUGCUACGCGGGGCAUUGGUGGUUAUGGCUGAUAAAUACAAGAAAGCGGAAAUGUCAAAUACUUGACCCGCUACACAAAAAAGCUCCCACCGAUGAGAGAAAGGCCAUUAAUAAAUUCACUGGAUACGUAUUUUCAAGAUUGAUAACAUAUGCCGGCGGGGAACCUCUUCAGAAAGGGGAGAGGGAGAAGGAAAUUAAAUCACCAUAUGUUAAAAUAUCAGGCCAAAAAACAAGCUAUGACUGCGCUGUGUACGUUAUGAAGUGGAUGGAGAUAAUUGAGCCAGAAAACAUCAAAAAGGGGAAGUAUCAAUGGGAUAAUUGGCCACAGGAGGAGGUGGACCACUAUAGAGUGGAGUAUGCUUCCCGGAUACUAUUUAGUGAGAUGAAUAAAGAAAGAGAUCAGGCAAUUAGAGAGAGUAGUGCUAUAAGGCUGUCGAAGCCAUCCUCUGUAUUAUUGAGUCCGUUUUGUCAGAUUAAUUCUGCUGAUAUAGAAACUGCGUAAUCCAUCUGCUGGGUAGUUUG